UAGAUUUUUGUUGGUUGGUUAAUUAAUUGUUGUCGUUUCGUUUUUGAAGUCAACGGUUAGGGUUGUGUUUGGCUUUGAUUUGGAGAAUGUGCUGUGUAUCUCAGCUAUGCUGUUUGGUGUUUCAGAUGUUUGUGUAGGCAGUGUGUGAAGGGUUGCUUCUGAGAAUGGCUGAUAUAGCAGGUCUGGUUGAGGCUGCCGGGACAAGAUUUAGUUCAUUGGAGCUCAUUGGACAAGGAUCGUUCGGCGACGUCUAUAAAGGGUUUGACAAGGAGCUCAACAAAGAAGUCGCUAUCAAAGUAAUCGAUUUGGAAGAAUCGGAAGUAGCAGACGUGUAGCAAACCAAGUGGGCCCCAUUUUUGGUCAAGUGUUUAAGUUGUAGAUUUUGUCUCUUCAUAGAAUGUUGUGAUUCUAAUCUUCAUUUUGUUACCUUGUUGAACUCAUAAUUCUUAUGCAAAUGUUGCUAUGACUUUCCUUUUCUUUCUUUUUCCUAAUCUGCAGAGAGGAUGAAAUUGAGGACAUUCAGAAGGAAAUUUCUGUUCUGUCACAAUGUCGAUCUCCAUACAUUACUGAGUAUUAUGGUUCCUUUCUCAAUCAAACUAAGCUUUGGAUAAUAAUGGAAUACAUGGCUGGAGGCUCUGUUGCUGAUCUACUCCAGUCAGGUCCUCCACUUGAUGAAAUGUCAAUUGCUUGCAUUCUGCGUGAUUUGCUUCAUGCAAUUGAUUACCUACAUAGUGAAGGAAAAAUUCACAGGGACAUUAAAGAAUUUGCAUAUCAAUUUUGCAGCUGCAAACAUUUUAUUGACUGAGAAUGGUGAUGUAAAGGUUGCAGAUUUUGGUGUUUCUGCACAGUUAACAAGGACUAUAUCAAGGAGAAAGACAUUUGUAGGAACACCAUUCUGGAUGGCACCUGAGGUUAUUCAAAAUUCAGAAGGAUAUAAUGAGAAGGCAGAUAUCUGGUCUCUGGGGAUUACUGCAAUUGAAAUGGCAAAAGGAGAGCCUCCACUUGCUGAUCUUCAUCCAAUGAGAGUGCUUUUCAUAAUACCCCGAGAGAAUCCACCUCAGCUGGAUGAACAUUUUUCUCGUUCCAUGAAAGAAUUUGUUUCACUGUGUUUGAAGAAGGUUCCUGCUGAGAGGCCAAGUGCUAAGGAACUUCUCAAAAACCGUUUCAUUCGGAAUGCAAGGAAGAGUCCAAAGCUUUCAGAGAGAAUCAGGGAGCGUCCGAAGUACCAAAUAAAGGAAGAUCAGGUGGCACCUAGAAAUGCCCCAAGAGGAAUGGGGGAGGCAUCUGAUACCAUUAAGGUGGCAAGAGAUUUAAGGGGUGAAGAUACUAAUCAGCCUAGUGGUCAGGGUAAAACCCUUAGAAGUUCUGGGUGGGACUUCAGCAUUGGUGGACCACAGGGUACUGGAACCAUUCGUAAUGUGUCACGGCCACCUCAGUUUAGAGAUAAGAAAACUGAAUUUUCAAAUCAUCAGUUUAACCAAAGAAAAACUCCAGAGGGUGCCUAUCAAGGGGGAUCUGCCAGGAGAAGUGCACCUAAUGAGUCACUAGAAAGUUCUUUAGGAAAAGAUCUUGGAGUUCCCUACCAUGACGAGUAUCCAGAUAAUCACCUUGAAGAUGAUGAAUUGUCUGGGAAUGGAUCAGGAACUGUUGUUGUUAGGUCUCCAAAACGGUCACAGCCAUCGCUGUUUCGUGAUCAAAGUUCCCAGUCCAGCAGCGGCUAUUUUUCUUUUGAUGAUGCUUCUACUAGUGGAACUGUUGUUUUGCGCAGCCAGCAUGAUGAUUCUGAUUCUCCCCAGACACCAAGGUCAAGACUGGGGCUUAAUAGCAGAAAUUUAAGUGCCUCCUCGGAAGAUAGUGCUACAAAUCUUGCUGAGGCAAAGGCUGCUAUACAAGGAGGAUUAAGGAAAGGGAAUGCACGAGAGAGAUUUUCCCUGGGAAAACUGAACAAUGAUGUACAAGAAAGCAGGAGAGAUCAAAUGUCAAGCGGCUCUGAUUCUUCCAGACCAUCCCGUGAAUACAUUGAUGCACCAAAGGGAAUAUCAAGAUCACAUUAUGCUAGUGAUGAUAAAGAAAGUGCCAAAAUAAUCUCAUCCUCUGUGCCAUUGUCAGUUUUGCUUAUUCCUUCAUUAAAAGAGAGUAUUGCUGAUGAUCCAGAAGGGUCAAUUGUAGAAGAUGUUAUCAAUACUCUUGUAAACAUGGAAAGGACAAAGCCUAAAUCCUGUGAUGUUCUUGUCAAGAAGUUGCUUCAGCGGUUGGCUAGUUCAAAGGAAUCUUCAUUGAAGGACCUGCAAGAACUGGCUGGCCAAAUAUUCUGCAAGACCAAGCCAGCUGAAGAAACCCGAAAUGCAGAGCCUGAUACCAAGAAGAAACAGCAAAACAAGGAAGUUCAUUCAAAUAGCAACUUAAGCCCUCUUGCUAGAUUUCUUCUCUCAAGAUGGCAAGGCCAAACCUCACGGGAUCUAAAUCCAGCUUGAGCGGAAUGAGAAGUUGAUUUUUGUGUGGUGGUUUUGUUUAUACAUUUAUUCUGAUUAAAUGUACAUAUAUUGUUAUUAGUAUUAUUUUUUUCGUUAUUUUUCUUCUUAUAGGGAUAGUAUGAUCAUUGUUGUAUAAUUACGGGGUUUGGUGAGUUACAUCAAAAUUGUACUAUAAUACAUUGAUUCCUAUUUACUUAUAAUUGUAUCUUUGCAUUCU